UUCAAAUCAAAUCCUUUCACUUUUAUUUACCACAGAGAUCAAUAAAUGGAGAAACACACUACCUGUUCUUUCUCCGAUUUGUCUUCGAAUCUCGGAAUCUCUUGCUUCAUCGCCUUCAUCACAAUUAUCUUAGUCCGAGUUAUUUAUGUCAUUUACCGAACCGGCAAGCCGCUAAGCAAAAGAUCUCCGCAGCAGCCUCUCAGCACUCUCAUUGUUUUAGGUUCAGGAGGGCACACGGCGGAGAUGAUUAAUCUCUUGUUAGUUUUGCAAAAGGAUCGGUUUACGCCGAGGUUUUAUAUCGCCGCUGCUACUGAUAACAUGAGUCUUCAGAAAACUCGCGUGUUAGAGAAUUCUUGGGCUGAUUCGAGUGGAAUCAAGGGAAUCUCUGCAGAAUUUAUGCAAAUCUAUAGAAGCAGGGAAGUUGGUCAGUCAUAUGUAACCUCUGUUUGGACAACUUUAGUUGCCACGGUUCGUGCAUUGUGGCUGAUGAUUAAAAUCAGACCUCAAGUGGUUCUUUGCAAUGGCCCUGGUACUUGUUUUCCUCUAUGUCUGAUUGCUUUCAUUUUCAAGGUAACUGGGAUUAGAUGGUCAUCCAUAUUUUAUGUUGAGAGCAUUGCAAGAGUAAAAAAGCUCUCUUUAAGUGGUCUGUUGCUUUACAAGCUACAGAUUGCAGAUCAGUUUUUUGUGCAAUGGCCACAACUGCAGAGAAAAUACCCUCAAGCUCAUUAUGUUGGUUGCCUGAUGUAGUGAAUUGAGUCUUCUGCUGAUGGGUAAUCGUACUUAACCUUGCAGGUUCUCUUUUUCUUUCCUUUUCAGAAAAAUAUUGUAUUCUGCAUUCUAAAGUUUCUUUUCACUUCGUCUUGAUUAGGAUUUAGUAUUUCCUAGUUGGGUUGGAUUGUUUACUGCAACAUGAUCUAACAUAGACCUUAAUAUUUGGUCAAAAGGAAAAAGUGAUGGAAUGUGAUAUGGUUGUCUUGAAUUGUUGAUACCAUUAACUGCUGUUGCACAUUGACAAAGUCAUGUUAGAUAAUAGACUACUAGCAGGUCAUUUCACAACCUGCAUAUUAAGUCCUUAAAUUGUUUUGGCAAAUAACUUCUCAGGACUGAUUUCCGGUUCAACAUUUCAAAAACCUUUACAUGCAUUUCCCUGUUUAGAAGCUUUUUGGACGAUAGUUGUGUGAGUGAAAGAAUCAAGGCAUAUCAAGCCGACACUGUCAGUGCAUGGUACAUGAAUACAUAUUUCCUUUUGAAGACUUUGGUGUUCUGAACCAGUUAUCAAAUAUCAGGCCAUAGUUAGUAGAACUAGAGAAUUGAUUAUAAGAAGAGGUAACUUUUGUGAAUGAAGGGAAAUGUUGAUAGCGGAAGGUGUAAAAGUCCAAUAGAAUAAGACAAAGCUAUAUAUAGCUUGCCCAUUUGCAGUACAACUUUUAGGUGGUGAGAAGUAACGAAAAGGAAUGAGAAUUGCCAAUUCUGCAAUUUGCACAAUUGUUGUUACCCAUAUGAUAUUCCCACCUUUUUCGUGGUAUAGUCGUCCCAUGAGUGAAUGCUGACUGGUCAAAUAUUACAAAACAUCAUUAUAUGAUGAUGAGAUCACCACUUAUGGUUUCCGGUUAAAGUGCUCGUCAGUUCCUUGCUAUUAAGCCACUGAGACUCUUGAUCAUCAAGAUAUUGCUGUUAGGCAUAUGAAAGAAAGCCCCAUAGAGCCAAAACCGUGGCAACUCCUUUUAUACAAUCCAUUUCGUUAU